AUGUCCGCAAAAUGUUUGUGCGAUCCUUUUCCGAACGAAACCGAAUUUGUGUUCGUUUCAUGCAACGGCACUCCGGUCAACCACACAGACAACAGGAGCGACCACUGCCAGCCCCAAACGAUGGACGACAUCCUCUUCAGACUCCUCGGUCCGAGGCGCUCUCCGUUCUUUCUCCCCGUGACUCUGACCUACAUCGUCAUUUUUGUCACAGGCGUAAUGGGGAACCUUCUCACCUGCACUGUGAUCACCAUGCACAAAAAGAUGCGAACACCUACCAACCUGUACCUCUUUAGUUUAGCCGUAUCUGAUCUGCUCGUCCUGCUGUUCGGAAUGCCCCUGGAGAUCUACGACCUGUGGCAGAACUAUCCGUUCCCUUUCGGUGAGAGCGUCUGCUCUUUUAAGAUCUUCCUGUUCGAGACGGUCUGCUUCGCGUCGGUGCUCAACGUCAUGGUGCUUAGCAUCGAGCGCUACGUGGCUGUGGUUCAUCCUCUCAAGACUCGCUAUGCGAUCACCAACAAGCAUGCCCAGAGGGUUAUCGGGUGGGUCUGGGUUGUGUCUUUGAUUUGCGCCAUUCCCAACACAUCCCUCCACGGCUUGCACUAUUUUUACCUCCCUGAGAAGGUUCCGGAGUCCGCCACCUGCAACCUGCUCAAGCCUCAGUGGAUCUACAACUUGGUGAUCCAGGUGACCACUGUUCUUUUUUACUUCGUCCCCAUGGCGGUGAUCAGUGUCCUUUACCUAGUGAUAGGGGUGAGGCUGAGCAGAGACGAGAGGCAGCAAGGGAGGAUUUUGGGGAAGAAAUACAGCACAGACAGCAACUAUAAGAUCCAAGCUGAAAGUGCUCGCAGGAGGCAGGUCACCAAGAUGCUAGCUGUCGUGGUUCUGGUCUUUGCUAUCUGCUGGGCUCCGUUCCAUAUCGACCGCCUCUUGUGGAGUUUCAUCACGAAGUGGACCGACCACAUGCGCAGCGUCUUCGAGUACGUGCACAUCCUCUCCGGAGUUUUGUUUUACCUCAGCUCGGCCAUCAACCCCAUCAUCUACAACUUACUCUCCAGCCGCUUUCGAGAGCGCUUUCUGGAGCUGAUGUGCAAUCGGCUGGAGGUCAGCAUCUCACGGAGCAACUCUCCACACUACAACAAGACGUCUUCUCUCCCCAAAGACCAUGAAGCUGCCUCAAGAAACUGUCAGACACGGGGGAAGUACCCAAAUGGUCCUCAGUUCCCUGUUAUCAUCAGCAAUGGAAGGAAGCAGGAGCUUGAGACCAAUUUUAUGUAA